GUGUGUUAGCUCAUCUCCUCUAUUUCAUACACACUAUCCCACAAAUAUCCCAUUUUCUCUCUCACUUCCACUCCUCCCCGCAAUAUGGAGUUGCCUGUGAAAAUGCCAGUUUCCGGCAGCCAUAUAACACCACACAGAAUUGAAACCAGAAACUUGUACUACAAACUAUCGACCCGAUUUUAUGAAAUGAAGCACCUGUGUUGCAGUGACAGUUCGAGGACUGUUCCGAAGUUCAUCUUGAAGGAUGUGAGUUGUGAAGCAAGGCCUGCAGAGAUCACUGCAAUUGCUGGCCCUAGUGGGGCUGGAAAAACCACACUGCUAGAUAUUCUUGCUGGGAAGAUAUCCCCAAAGAAAAUGGGUGGCCAGGUGCUGGUGAAUGAUCAGCCUAUGGACACGAAAAGUUUCCGCAGAAUGUCGGGCUAUGUCACACAGGAUGAUGCUCUAUUUCCGUUACUUACAGUUGAAGAAACGCUUGUGUACAGUGCUCUAUUGAGGCUUCCUGGUGGGAGAAAAGAGGCUGCAGAUAAAGUGAGGAAGCUGAUGAAGGAGCUCGGGCUGGAACAUGUCGCGGGUUCAAGAAUCGGUUGGGGAUCAAACAAUGGGAUUUCAGGUGGUGAAAGGCGCAGGGUUUCGAUUGGAGUUGAUUUAGUUCAUGAUCCAGCUGUGGUUUUGAUUGAUGAACCAACUUCAGGGUUGGAUUCUGCCUCAGCUUUCCAUGUAGUCUCAUUGCUCAAAACAAUGGUGUUCAAUCAGGGUAAAACUAUCGUUCUGACCAUUCACCAACCAGGUUUUCGAAUCCUAGAGAUGUUCGAUCGCAUUGUUUUGCUUUCGAAUGGAGCUGUCAUGCACAAUGGAUCACUACAUCUUCUCAAACAAAGGCUCAAUUUUGCUGGCCAUCGUAUCCCCAACCAUGUCAACUUGCUCGAAUUCGCCAUUGAUGUUAUCGAGAGCUUGGAGGGUACACAAACUACAGAAGCCUUGCACAACCAAUGUUUCAGGCCUCUGGAACAAAGGUUUGUAUGCUCUAAUAACUUGGAAAAGAAGCUUCUAGUCUACCCGAAUUCUCGUCCCCGGGAAGUUGUUGUACUAGGGCAAAGAUUUUGUAGCAACAUAUUUAGAACCAAUCAAUUGUUUGUCACAAGAGUCAUACAAGCCUUGGUAGCUGGAUUCGUACUCGGAAGCAUUUUCUUUAAUGAUGGAAGGGAAAAAGGGAGCAUUGCCUUGCAAACACAAACUGGAUUUUUCGCCUUCAGCCUCACUUUCUUGCUGUCUUCCACCACAGAAGGCCUACCGAUUUUCUUACAAGAGCGAAGAAUACUAAUGAGUGAGACUUCCAGGGGAGCCUAUAGAGUUUCCUCCUAUGUCAUAGCAAACACCCUCAUUUUUCUCCCCUUCCUUUUGAUGGUCUGUUUUUUGUUCACCGCACCGGUUUACUGGCUAGUCGGAUUGAGGAGGGACAUUGAUGGAUUCCUCUACUUCUCUCUGGUGGUCUGGAUGGUUCUUCUGAUGUCCAAUUCUGUUGUGGCCUGCUUCAGUGCUCUCGUGCCGAACUUCAUCAUGGGCAGUUCCCUGAUUUCUGGGCUCAUGGGAGCUUUCUUUCUCUUUUCGGGCUACUUCAUUUCGAAGGACAGACUCCCACGCUACUGGAUGUUCAUGCACUACUUGUCUCUUUUCAAGUACCCGUUCGAGUGCUUUAUGAUAAAUGAGUAUGGAGGAGAGCAGGGAAGGAGAUGCAUUCAAGAGAUUGACAAGGAAGGAUGCAAUCUUUUCGGGGACGGAUUCUUGAGACAGCAGGGUUUGAAAGAUGCACAGAAAUGGAGCAAUUUAGGUGUGAUGCUGGGUUUCGUAAUUGGUUAUAGAGUGCUUUGCUUUCUCAUUCUGUGGUGCAGAUGCUGCAGAAAUAGAAACUAGCUGGCUAUAUAUACUUACACAAAAGAUAAACAAUCACUUGUGGUGUUUCUGUUUCAAAUUCUUUUGAAUAAUUCUUUGAGGAUGAUCAAACUAUAGUAUCGUCUUCGCACGAAAAUGUUCAGCUUUCAUGAAAUAUUAACCAUAACAUCCAGUUUCGAUUUGA